GGGGGCUCCCCGAAGCCUCAGGAGGCCUGGCCGGAGGGGAAAGGGCUGCCCCGGCGUUGCCCCGCGCGCCGCACCCCAGCCCUGGGGCCGGGUGGCUGGAGCGUCGCGGCGGCUGCGAGGUGCGGGCCAGGCCCUCGGGGCGACGCGGUUCGCGGCUGGUGCGGAGCUCGGUGCGCGCUGCCGUCCGGCCCCUGCCGGCUGGAGCUGGGCGGCGGGAACGAGCCCAGAGGAUGGUUCCCGAGCGCGGCGUGCGGGCUCCGGCCUCGCAGCUGGCGGUGCAGGCGGGAAGCCGCCGCCUCGGAGCGGGUCCCCCAGGAGCCCGGAGCGCAGAGGAGCCCCGCGCGGGCGGGUCCGGGGUUGAGGGCGCUUUCCCGGUGGCUCCUGAUGUUGCGGUUUCCCGCUGACGCUGGCUCCUCGCUGCUCGCCUCCCCGGCGGAGCGCCGCAUCUGCCCGGGCCGUCCUCAGCCGGACGCGCUGCCCUCGCCCUGAGUUCGGGCUCCGCCCAGGUGCUGAGAGCGGCUCCUCCCAGAACCUGCCCCCGGCAGGGCCUUUCUGGCGUCAGAGGCCUGAAUCCGGACCUCGCGUGCCCGCACAUUCUCUUUCCGAAGGAACCAGACCCUCGGGCUCCUCAGGGAUUUCACGGCUGCCUCUGCAUGGGGGCGAGGAAAGCCCAAGCCUGCCCUUUUGACUAAGAGAAUUCAAAGUAUUCACACCUUCGAACUGCUCGGGGCGCCUGGCUGGCUGCGUCGUGGAGCCUGGGACUCUCCCCACUGCGGCCUUGAGUUCAAGCCCCCACGUUGGGCAUAGAGAUUACUUUAAAAAAAAACAUUUUUUUUUUAAAGCUAUAGUGUCGUCAUACACACGAGUUGGACAGACGCACAGAUGAAAAUGUUCAGGUAGAUAAAUGGGAUGGAAAACACGAUUCAAAGAAAAAUACAUCACUGGGUCAUUACCACCAAGGACAUCACAUUUUGGGGUGAGACAGCCUGUCAGGGAUAUGGUAGCCAUCACAGGCCACGAGAUACCUUCCUAGGAACGCUGUUCACAGGAAAUGCUGGAGGGUCAGAACGGAACCUGCCUUUGGAGCUUUUUCUUUUAAAAAGGAAGGCGUUUUCUCAGUCUUGUGGAGAUCUCUCACUAGCAGUUAAAGAGUCUGAAGUUUGUCCGGGCUUGACGCUGGGGUUCCUCUGAUUAGCACUGAGGGAAGAGGAGGGUGAGGAAUAAUACAGAAACAGAAGAGGAACUCAACAAAGGAACUAGGGGCUGUGACGGUCCUAAAAACACAGGGGACUGUUGGAUCCCAUCUGAGUUUGUGGUGGAAUUGGGUGCUGUUAGAUGGAGUUAGGGACCGGGAACAUCAGGUGUUCACAGUGUACGCAAGAUCUAGGUGUUUAAAGAGUGGGCUCUAGUUCAGGGCCCCAGGGAGGACUGGAGCCUGGUCAGGGAACAGGGAAUGGGGGCGGCGUUUCGUGGAGUCAGAGAGGCGUCUCUGAGAAGGACCCAUUCAGAGCUCCGAAGUGAGGGGCCAGCCCCAUGAACACCUACCCUUGGCCUAUUUCUGGAGUCAGCCAAGCACGGAGGCAGGAAGGACUGGCACAAGGAUUGGUGGCGUCCUCCCUCCGGCGCAGACUCCCUGCCCCAGAGCCCAGACCGCUCAUCACAAGCUCAGGAGGAUCAAGAGCUGUGACUAAAGCAAGAGCUUUCGGAAGAAGUGGGGCGACCGGCCCCUGGCCUUUCUCCUCAGCCUAUCCUGGCUUCCAGUGGCCCUUCCUCUCCCGGGAACAAAAAAAGAUGGAAAAGCCCAGGGGCAAAAAGAAGGCACAGACCCCAAAAGAAGAAGGAGAUUUGCUAAAGGACGCUCCCAAAGAAGAGAAAGCUUCUGGGGAGGAAAGGGCCAACCAGAGGACGGUGUCGGCGAAGAAGCCCAGGAAGGUUGGCCUGAGCCCUGGAGACGAGGAGCACGUGUUCGACGCCUUCGAUGCUUCGUUUCAAGACGACUUUGAGGGGGUUCCUGUGUUCGUGCCUUUUCAGAGAAAGCAGCCCUUCAAGUGCGGCGAGUGUGGCCGCGUCUUCAAGCACAAGACAGACCACCUUCGCCACCAGAGGGUUCACACGGGAGAAAAGCCCUUCAGGUGUGAGGAGUGUGGGAAGACGUUCCGGCACAGCUCCGACGUCACCAAGCACCAGAGAAUCCACACUGGAGAGAAGCCCUUUAAAUGCAGUGAUUGUGGGAAGGCCUUCAAUUGCGGCUCCAAUCUCCUAAAACAUCAGAAGACACACACCGGAGAGAAGCCGUACGCGUGCAAGGAAUGUGGGAAAACCUUUGCCUACAGCUCAUGUCUCAUUCGCCAUCGGAAGCGUCACCCCCGGAAGAAGCACUGAGCGAGGGGAAGCUGUGCCGUGUUGGUGCCGAUGGGAGCACAGCACACCUGUGCCUGGGCGUCCCCAUCGCCGUCUGGAAAAUCAAGCCAGUGAGGUAAGCAGGUGCUUGAGUGUGCGAAAGGCCUGGACCGAUACACCACGACAACGUGGGAGGGGCUUGUGGCCCCAGAGACGCUGGGGACACUAGCAGCUGUCUGGGACUCUGGAGAUGGCUGCUUGCGAGCGGCCCAGCACCUUCCAGGGCAGCCUCUGCCCUUGGCGUCCACUGUGGCUUCAGCCCUCUCGGCUCCCUUGAAGACUUGACUAUGCAGACUCCCGACCUGCCGGGUCAUGCCUAUGCAGCCUGGCGGGGGCCGGUGGCCCUGAGCUGGAGAGCUGUGCUCUGCGGUCAUGCCCACAGCACUGCACCAGACGCCUGCUGGCCCCACUCAGCUGGCCAUGGUGACAGUGGUUUGUGCUCUGGCUUCUCUCCUCGUGCAUCCCCGACCCGAUCCCCGGGAACCGAACCCCUUGUGCGUCCCCCUGGCCCAGGUGAGUGGCCUGACUCACCCAGGUGGGUCCCUCGGGACCUGCGUGCCGCCACCGUGGGAGAUUCCUGCCCCGGACACGUAGACGUCCCGAGGAUGUGAGGGCAGCUUCAAGCCGGCCCGCGUCUGCCACGGGGCUCUUCGGUUGUGAGGCCCUGCACCCUGCCCCCCGGAGGGCAGCUCUCCAGGUGGUCACAGACGCCAGAGGGCAGCUGCUCCCGGUGGAGGUGCUUCUCCAGGCUGGUAGGUGUUUGCUCCUGUUCAUUCUAUGAUGAUGCCUGAGCUGGCACCCCUCCCCGGCCCCAGCGCAGCCCUCCCGGCCGACUCGGCUUGCCCCAGGCGUGGCAGGAGAUCCAGGGGGACACACCGUGUAUGGUCCUCGAUGGGAAAGGUAGCUGCAGAGGACAUCACCGGGACGUUUAGCAAACUUCGUGUGCACACUGUCCACGGGGGGCAGAGCUGCACCAGUUUCCGGUUCCUGCUUGGACCGCGGUCAUCCCACCUGUCCUUGUUGGGAAGGACGCUCUCGAAGGUUUUCCCGGGGGUUUGCGGUCAUGCUGUCUGCGAUUUACUCUCAGACGUUCAGCAGAGAAUACAGGACCUGUGUUCGCUCGGAGCGCGACGAGGCAGAUGGCGCGCGUUGGUCGUUCCUGCGCCUGGAGCGGGUCGGCAGACGUCUUCUGUGAAGGGUCGGAUAGUGACCAUUCCUGGCCCUGCAGCCCUAAGGCGUCUGUCCCCGCUCAACUCCACUGCGGCAUGUGACCGAAGCCCCCACUGCACGAGCGAACGCGCGUGGCCGAGUUCCGCAGAAGCUGUAUGUGCAGAGACUGGCAGCCACCAGGCUGGGUGUUGUCGGGGAAGGACGCAUGAGAGUCGCCCGUCCCGUGCGCACGUCCUCCCAGACCCACUGCUGGGGGGAAGCCAGCGGCAGCAGACAGAAGGAGACCCUGAGAGGCCACCGAGGGGCCCCGAGCGGGUUGACAGGAUGGGUGCCCGGACACAGAACGACAGGUGGAGAUGGUGGCGGCAGGCACCCUGCUCUGGGCCCUGCAGGGUGGGCGUCCCAGCGGCGCAGUCGGCAGGCCGGCCUGGCCUCUCCAUCAGCAGCCAGGUAAUUCGUGUCCCUUUCUGGCUGUGAGAGCAGAUCACCCUGGUCAGGAAGCUCCUGAUGAGGUGUGCGGAAGAGUGAACCGUCCAGCCAGACAGGCCUGAGCCCCAGGAGGCCGUGAGGAGGGCGCAGGGCAAGCGGAGAGGACCUAACCCAGACAUCCUCUCCAUCUGGGGGCGCGGGGGCGGGGCUGGGCUGGAAAGCUCCGGGCGGUGGUGGGGGCGCUGGUGGGCUGGGUGACCCCCAGCAGGUGGGCAGGUGACCCCCAGCAAGUGGGCGGGGCGGUGUGACAGGUAAGCGGCACCUCCUGUCCCCUCGCAGAGCCCCGUGAAGGCAGCGAACACCCCGAGGGCCCUUCACCGGUUCCCCAACCUCCCUGAAGGCCACAGAAUUCACACCCAUAGCCCUGCUGCACCCAGGAGGGCAAUGCGGACACCACCUGCCUUCUAGGAAAGCGCUGCAGGCAGAAACCCCAGGCAACAUCAGGAACUUCCCCCAGCAUCCUGGGACUGUCCCAGAGAAAUGCCUUUUCCAAAUGGAAAACCUUCAGGGCACCCCCGGCUGAGCAUGGUUCUCAAAGCCCAGUGCCCGGGAGCACUUAGGGCCACGCCCACAGAGCACCUCAGCACCUGGCCCAGCUUGGAGGGCGCAGGAAAGACACCAGGCAGGCGGGGGGGCAUGGAGGACACUUGCGGAAGACCCAAGGGAGGUGACACGGAUCAUCCUUCAGGCUGGCGUCCUGUGAGCCGGGCCGGCAUCUGUCCCUACAGGCCUCCUGCCAGGCUCGAUCUGAGGGAAGGUGGCAGCCAGCGCUGUGGGAGAGUGGGCAGUAAGGGCCACGCAGCCGGUGGGGCUCUGCUUCCUCCUCCCCCUGCAAAUUGGGGAGUUGUCCUGUGACCGGGCCCACUGCAGUCCCGAGGAGGCUGUAGGCACCAGGGUGCUUCCUGGCCUUGAUUUGCAGUGGCCUCUUGUGUCCAUCCCUAGUCUGGAUACCAAGUGUGCUAGUCCUUUCCCCUGCAAGUGAGCGAGGCCCCAAGACACACCGCAGACAGCACAGGUCCGGACACAGCCCAGACCUCGGCUUCGGGGAGCUGACCCCCGGGUUCCCGAGUCCUGGUGCGCGUGGCACUUGGACGUUUGCUCUGGAGGUUCUCAGCCAUAAAGGAGGGGUAAAAGGGGUGUCCCCAAGGCCCAGGGAAGCAGUGUUGGGACCAGAAAGGGAAUGGACUGAAGGCCAGUUCAGGGUGGGACCAGCCGUGUGGAUGAGGGGGCAGACUCCGUGUCUCACACCCAAGGACACAGCUCUGCUCUGGAUGGGGGCCCGUGCCUCCUGGGACCUCUGUGCACUGAGCGUAGAGUUGGUGGUCUCCUGGUGUCACAAACUCCAGCUGCCUGUUCCACAAACCACAGGGUCCUCCCCUUGACCAGAGUCCUGCCAGGACCCAGACAGGGCCAUGGGGGCCUGGGGACACUGCUGCUGGGCUUGCCUGCCUGCAGCUGAGCGCCCCCCACCCCCGUGCCUCCUGCCCGGUGCCACGUGCGUGCCAGCACCGAGAUCCGCACGAGCUCCCUGUCACACUACGUGGGCCCCAGGUCCCUGCAGCCACCCUGUGGCCUUCUGGUUUUAACACGGGCGUGUGUCCUGGUGAGCUCGAGCACUCGGCAUUGGCGGCAGCGUCCUGGGAUCGUCCUCACGCCGCGGUUGGAGUGCGUCCACUGGGCUCUCGGCGCGCAGCUGCUGGUCCCCCAUGGGUGAAAAUGGGACUUUCCCAACAGAGACAUCUGAUGGACUUCGACUCUGUAAUCCCUUCACUUCCUUCAGUCCCCAGAGCGCGAGCACAUGCGCAUCUGGGGACACAUUCCAUUUCAGUUUAUCCGAGUUCUGUGGUUUACUCUCCAUGGAGCGCUGCCUCCAUCCUGACCGACGUUGCACUGGUUCUGGUUACCUUCCAGCCACCCUUCUCCCCAGCACAUGUCCUGUCCUGCUUGUGGAUAAUCUGUUUCCCCCCGUAAUAAACUCUGUUCUGACCCGUUCGCUGGGUCCUGCUCAUCUCUCUGCAGUUUAGGGGAGCAGUCGGGACUCCCCAGCGCCUGGUCACCUCCUCCAGGUGCGUCUCCUGGGGGCUGCCUCACAUGGACCAGACUCGUAAGAGACUGACAACCAGAGAUGGAAUCCGCUGGCUCAAGAUGG